AUGGCGUCGCCAACUCCGCCGCUGGGGGUUGGACGCGGCGGUGGCGGCGGCGGCGGCAGCAGCAACGCCGGGGCUCCUUACCGCCGUCCAGCCAAUGAGACGGACGGGAGUGCCUCCGCCACGCCCUCGGGCCCCUACAGCAAUGGUGUCGCCCUCAACCGGGAGGUGGAGCAGCGCUUUGCACGUACCGUGGCGGAGUACGAGUAUAAACUGCUGGAGGAGCGUGGCCGGGCGCAGGAGCGAGAGACACGGCUGCUAGAGGAAUUACAGCGGGAAAAGGAGAAGGUGGGGCGUCUCAUGGGUCAGCGCGCGCAACCAGAGGAGGAGGCACGGCAGGAAAGUCAGUCUGGGCGGUUGGUGUCGGUGGACGAGUACGAGCGGCUGCAGCAGCAGCUGCAAGACACACGCCUGAUGCUGCAGGAGGCGGAGCGCCGCUAUCAGCAGGAGAAGCGGGAGCUUUUAAACCUGCGAACCUCGCAGCUGCGCAGUGAGACCUCAAAACGCGGGCAGGAAGGCGACAUCAUUGCCCGCGCCAUGCAAGUAAUGUCGGAGUACGAGGCCGUGGUGCGCGCCGGGGAGGAAAGCAGUCUGGCGCGCCUCUCGCAACACAUGGAGGUGUUCGAAAAGGAGUGGGUCCGUCGCUCGCGUGAGUUUGAAGAACAGAAGGCGGCGUUUGAGGCGGCCGUGAUGGUAAAAACUCGGCAGGCGCUGGCGGAGCAUGAGCAGGACGUGAAAGAAGUUAGUCGAACGCUGCUCGAGAAGACGACGCACGCCCUUCGCGACCACAGUGAGCUUCGACUGGAAUUGGAGGGGGAGGUCAUGCGCCACGCGGAGAUUUUCAAGGAGGAAUACAAGGAAAUCCUGGACAAGGAGUUCUACGACCGGUGUAAAAUGUAUGAUGAGAAGAUUACGGAGCGGGAGCGUGGCUGGGUGAAGAUUAUGCAGGAGGAGCGUAAGAAAAUCAUCGCUGCCGAGCAGCUGGCUGUCAAGGAGCAUGAAACGUUGCACGUGCAUGCCCUGGAGGAGGCGAUGCGGGAUCUCUCGCAGCUGCGUGAGCAGCUUGUUCGUGAGCAUCAAGAGCAGCAGACCGAGGCCAUGAAGGACCUCAUCGCACGACGCGAGGACCUGCAACGGGAGCAUGAGGAGCAGAUUGCCAGAAUGAACGCAAAUACGCAGCAGAUGCAGCGGGAGUGUGCCGCGGCGGUGGAGGAGGUGCAGAAUGCGAUGAGAGAGUUGCAUGUCCAGAUGGCGGCAAAGGAGGCGGAGAUGGCGCGACGGCUACAGGAGGCCGAGCAUCAGUCCGAUAGGGCCGCGUUGGCCAAGGGACUGGAGGUCCGCAGUGAGGUGGAGCAGCGGUGGUCGUCGAUGCUUGAGAAGGAGUCUGCGACGUACAAAAACGAUGUGCAGCGGCUGAGCAAGGAGUAUCAAACCACGAUUGAUCGCAUGCGUGGUGAGCAGGCGGAACGCGAAGGCGCGCUCCUCGCGUCGUAUGAGCAGCGUGUGGUGCAGGUGGAGGAGGCCGCCGAGCUGCGUUGGAGCAGUCGCGUCGAGGAGUCGAUGCGGGGGUUGGAACGGCACAUGGAAGUGGUGCAAAUGCUGCGCCACGACAACGAAACCAUGUCGGCCCGCAUCGAGCGACUCACGCAGGAGCUGGAGCUGAGUGCGGCGGAGAUGGAGGGCGCCGUGGCGCGCGCGCGGCGCGAGCAGGACGUGGCGUGGCAUCAAAAGGUUGAAGAGAUGCGGCAGCGGUACGACAGGCUGCUCGACGAGGCUCUCGGCGGCACAGAAGACGCGGGUGUUGGGCCUGGCGUCUCCCGGCGCGAGUACGAGAAGGUGGUGUCGCGUGUGAGGGAGUGGGAGGAGAAGUGCGUUGCGGUGAAGCAGCAGGGCGAGCUGCAGCGGGCGCAGGAGCAGGAGGAGCUCAACGCCGUGUGGGGGAGGCGCCUCGACGAGGAACGCGCGCAGCGGGCGGCGUGGGAGGCGGAGCAGCUGAACGGGCUCGCCAAGACGCGUGAGGCCUUCCUGCGCGACUUGGAGGAGAAGGAGAAGGCCGCCGCCGAGCGACAGCGGGCGGAAGGCGAUGCCCUUCACCAGGCAUUCCUGCAGCAGCAACAGUGGGAGCGGGAACGCUGCGACGCCGCCAUUGCGCAGGCGCAAAACGAGGCAAAUGAACGAUGUGUCGCCGUCUUCAACGAGCAGGAAAAGGCAUUUCAGGACCGGAUACGAGUACUAGAGGCGCGCGUGGCCCAAUCGAUGGCCGAUGUGCGGAGUCGUGAGGAGGAAUUGCAAGAGGCCUUUGCGCGUAAAAUGGAUGCGGCACAACAGAGCGCGCUUGAUUACAUUCGACGGGAGCGUGAGGCGCUGCAGACGGCGUACGACGACAGCUUUGCUGCGCUGCAUGCUGAGCAGCAGCGCUGGGAGGUGCAACGCACGAAGCUGCACGAGGAGAUCGCCGAGCAGUACGCGGAGCGGUUUGCGAGGGCCAAAUCUGACAUGCAACAGCACCUAGUGGUUGUCACGGAACUGAUGCUUUCGUACCAGGAGGAGUCUGAGUCCUUGUGGUUGCAGGCGCGCAAGGAAGAGUUGGAGGCGUUUAACAACGAACGCGUGGCCUACAGGAGACGUCUGGAAUCAUGCAGCGCCGCCGAUCUCGCGCGCGUGCGGGCGCAGGCGGAGGAGACACUCCGAAUGGAGCGAGCGGCCUUGGACGAGCGCGAGAGGGCGUUGCAUGAGACGCUGCUGGCGAGCCAGACGAGCAUGGAAAAGGAGGCAGCCGAGCACGCCAUGCAGAUGUUGGAGGAGCAGCAACGCAUCCUCGCCGAGGCGACGUGGCAGCGCUCGCAGGAGCAGCAGCAGCAGUGGGAGGGCCUGAAGACGGCCUGGCUGGAGAAGACCUGGUCGAUGGAGGGCGCGCACCGGGCGGAGAUCCAACAGAUGCAGUUCGCGCAUGAAACAGAGCUGGAGGAGGAGCUACAGCGGCGGAGGGCGGUGGUGGAACGGCAAGAUGUGGUGUUGCAGACAAAGUGGCGCCAGUACGAGGAGCAGCUGCGGCGGCGCGAGGAAGAGCUGCAAGACAAACACGAGGCUGCGUUGAAGGCAGAACGGCAGUAUCACGAGGGGAUUCUGGCGGAGUUGCGCAAGGAACACGAGAGCCGCCUUGCGGAGGAAAAGCAGCGGGCGCAGACGCUGCUCCGGGAGCGUGAGACGGCCUUCGAUUUGGAACUCCGGCGGGUACUGGAACGCAUGGAGGUGCAGGGCCGGGAGCAGCAGGCGUCGGCCAACGCACGUGUGCGGGCGCUGCAGGAGGAGUUUGACGGGAUGAUGUGCGCCGUGAAGGCAACCUCGCAGCAGCAUCAAGAGGACUACAUGCGGCGGGUGGAGCAACUGCAGCAGCUGCACCUCACCCAACUCGAGGAGCACAAGGCCGAGCUGCAGGGGAAAUACGACGAGAGUCUCUGUGCCAUGCAUAGAGGCAUGGAACUGCGACUGCGCGAGUGCCUCACCUCAGACAUGGACGUGGCGGGGCGCGUGGCGGAGCAGCUGGCCGCGUUGCGUGAGGAAAUGGAGGCAAAGUACGUUGCCUUCAUGCAGGAGCAAUUGGAGCGGGUGAAGGUGGAGCAGCAGGAACGGGAGGACAAAUCUCAAAAUAUGGAGCGCCUCUUCAGCGCCCAUCUUGCGGCGCUUCGCAGUGAAAUAGACACGGCGCUUUCCACGUAUUUUGCGCAGACGGAGAGCCGUGCAAGUGAGACCGCCAGGCAGGCACGCGCAGAGUUUGAGCAGAAGCUGCAGGCCUCCUUCGCCGUGCUGGAGGACGAGCAGCGGCGUCGCGCGGAGCUGGAGGACCAACUUCGCGAGGCGCGCGCCGACGUGGAUGCGCUGCGCCUCACCCACGAGGAGCAGAAGCUGCAGGCGUUGCGGGAGGUGCAGGCGAAGUAUGAAAACGUUUACAAGGAGUUGCAUGACGCCCUUCGUGCGGAACGGGAGGCCUGGGCAUGCCGCGCCCUCGGCGAGGAGGAGCAACGACUACUGAGAGAACUCACGGCACGCGAGGAGCAGCGGCGGCGUCAGCCCGCCGACACUUCUUCGUCGUGCUCCGCGGCCUCCCCAGCGGCAGGGCGCCACUCGUUGCUGCAGGAGUUCACACCGGUUGCCCUGCCGCGGCAGCCCCAACACUACCAGCGCGGCGUGGAUGACACCUUCUCACAGCUGAACGUGCGGGCGACCCCGCGCACACCGUACGGCACGACGGCCGGCGACGAUCGCACGGACGCGGUGCGUGACGCCUCUGACGAGAAGCUGCAGCAGCUGUGGUCCGUGAUGGAGGUGCCAGAGGCGGAGCAGGAACAGACGCUGCGUCGCUGGUCCCAACUGCCGCCGCCGCAGCGUGCGAUGGAGGUGCAGAAGGAAACACGGCGGCUGGAGCUGCAGCUUCCCCUGCUAGAGGUCGUCACGCGGCGCGAGUUCCUGAUGCACCGCCUCAAGGAGCUUGAGAGGAGCGCGUCCGGCAACAACAACAGCAGCAAUAGUAUUGGUGGUGGUGGCGGUGGUAGCAGUAGUGCGCAGGCGGAGGAGUUCCGGAAAGAGCUCUUGCGGCUGACGCAGCACCUCAAGAGUGAGAUUCCCCGACACGAGUCGAUGUACGGCUGUGCCUUCCGCUUUCGUGGGUCGCGGUACAUGGACACACUGCUUGAUUGGUAG